GGCGAGUAGGCUGGCACUUCACAUUCUGAGGAGGCCUCCUCGCGUGAGUGAACUGUGUUGCAGUUAUCCGCAUAGCGAUUACGAAAAUACCUGAACGUCUCCAUCAUCCUUGAAUAUUAGCUGGUUUACCGGAAUUCAGAAUACGUCUGUGGAUAAAACAUGGGUAGCUGCCUCACUGUUGGACCAAACGAAGCCCUUGUCGUUUCAGGUGGCUGCGGGAAUGAGAAGAGCUACGUCAUGGGUGGCUGGUCCUGGGCGUGGUGGCUCAUUUCAGAUGCCCAAAGGAUUACACUAGAGAUAAUGACACUACAACCCAAAUGUGAAGAUGUGGAGACAGCAGAAGGGGUGGCCAUUACAGUCACAGGGGUUGCCCAGGUCAAAGUCAUGACAGAACUUGACUUGCUGCCACUAGCCUGUGAACAGUUCUUGGGGAAGUCAGUGGUGGAGAUGAAAAGUGUCGUCUUGCAAACUCUGGAAGGACAUCUACGUUCCAUUUUAGGCACUUUGACAGUGGAGCAGAUCUACCAGGACCGAGACAAGUUUGCCCAGCUGGUGCGAGAGGUGGCAUCCCCAGACGUGGGUCGGAUGGGCAUUGAAGUCCUCAGCUUCACCAUCAAAGAUGUCUAUGACAAGCUGGACUAUCUCAGCUCUCUGGGAAAGACACAGACUGCAGCUGUCCAGCGAGAUGCAGAUAUCGGAGUUGCCGAAGCCGAGAGGGAUGCAGGCAUAAGGGAAGCCGAGUGCAAGAAAGAGAUGAUGGAUGUCAAGUUCUUGGCUGACACGAAAAUGGCCGACUCCAAACGAGAACUGGAGCUGCAGAAAGCUGCUUUCAACCAGGAAGUGAACACCAAGAAAGCAGAGGCAGAGCUGGCCUACCAGCUGCAGGCGGCCAAAGAGCAGCAGAAGAUCCGUCUGGAGGAGAUCGAGAUUGAGGUGGUCCAGAGGAAGAAGCAGAUCACCAUCGAGGAGCAUGAAAUCGUACGCAUGGACAAGGAGCUUGUUGCCACGGUCAAGCGACCUGCCGAGGCCGAGGCCUACAAGAUACAGCAGCUCGCCGAAGGAGACAAGAUUAAAAAGGUGUUGACGGCUCAGGCAGAAGCCGAGAAAAUCCGCAAGAUAGGAGAGGCAGAGGCUGCCUCUAUUGAAGCCAUUGGUAAAGCAGAGGCCGAGAAGAUGAGGCUGAAGGCUGAGGCCUACCAGCAGUACGGAGAAGCAGCCAAGGUUGCGCUGGUCCUGGAGGCCCUGCCAAAGAUUGCUGGCAAAGUGGCGGCUCCUCUGGCCAGGACCAAUGAGAUCGUCAUUCUGAGUGGGGACAACAGCCGGGUGACUGGGGAAGUGAACCGCCUGCUAGCCGAGCUACCCGUGUCCGUCAACGCCCUCACGGGAGUGGACCUGACUAAGAUACCUUUACUUCAGAAGAUGACCGACGCCCAAGCCUGAAAACACUCUCUUCCCUUAUGCUCUGAUAUGUCGUUUGCAUUCACUUCGACUGCCUUCAGAACACUUGAAAACGUAUUGUUUCUCUAUACAAGUGGAUUUGUGAACCUCUGGUGCCUUAAUUUUUACAGGACCAGACUAUCUGCAUGUACUGCUGCUCCUCUUAAACAUUUACGUCUAACUGUUACGUUAAGCUUUGUGGAUCCAUAGAUGGGAUUUGUGGGAGAAGUGUAAACAUAAGACAUUCAGACUUUUAAAUCCUCUUUUAACUAAUCCGUACGGUUCUUUCUGUGUUGAGUGUCUCGUUGGGAGGAAGGGAAGUGGUUACGUGAUUGUGCAUCUCAAAACUUUUAAACGAGAAUGACCUCUAGAUGUGGUAACUGUUUAUCCUAUAAACUUGCUCGCUGUCUAAUUUAGCAUUUCAAACUGGGGCAGCGUUUCAAGGAAGAACAUUUCGGCAUUUCAUAACAAUCACCUCUGUCAUGGCUAUACUGGGUCUAAACGAUUGGCUUUCCUAUUUAACUAGUUAUCUAGUACUACAUAGCUAUCGCAGAUUCCGAAUGUUGACUUUGUUUUGGGCUCUGUACUGUAUGGGCUCUAACUUGAGAGGAACGGAUAUAUUAUUUUUCUUUUCUUUUUUUCCUCCACAUGCUAACACCAACCUGUUGUAUCUGAACUUUAAACAUAGUUUAAGUGGAUCAUUACCUAAUGUGCUCUCAGUCGCUUGCAUUUAUUUCCAGAUUUUCUGAUCUGAAUGCACGUUAUGGGGACUUUGCUAGUCACUUAGUGGUCCACUUAAAUGUCAGGAAUAUUUAGACACACAUGCAAGGUCAGUAUGCUGACGCCAUGUCAUUGCUGUCAAAAGUCGCUGUGUAAUUCAUAUCAGUGGAAAAAAUUUUUUCUUUAUGGAAUUAGUUGCACUUUCUGUUUCAGUACACACAUAUGUAUGUAGGGUAUACACAACAAAAUAUUUUAGCUGUACUCGUAUGGGGAGGGUGCCAUAUUGAUGAUAAAAUAAGCCAUUAUAUUCAAGUGUGUCUUUAGCAUGGAUCAAAGUGCAUGCUAUCCACGGACACACCAUAUUCUUUUCAAAUUAUUAAUAAUUUUUUAAGAUAGUAUUACAUGUCUGGUAUCUGUGAAGCCAGAUAAAUUGUUAUUAUUUUUUGUAUUUAUUUUGUGUUUUAGAUUCUAUAUUACUUAUAUGCAUUUACAGGAGAUCAAUGGGUCAUCACAAUGACUUGACAAUAUGCGAAAGAAAACCGUUAUUUGAAAUACUAUGAUUAUUUUCUUUGUGUUGGGAGUGUGGGUUAUUUUUUCACUGAUUUCAAAGUAAUUUUAAUCAUACCAAAGUAGAUUCUCAGUGGUAAUAUAGUAUGCUCAUUCAACAUGUUUUACUUAUUUAAAUGUUUUUGUAACAUUAAUGUACAUGUAAGCCACACAAUCCAAAACCUUUCUAGAAUUUAUCACCAGGUAAUUUUUUCUAGAGGAACUUUCUACUUGUCUGUCAAUUCCAUGUAAACUCAGAAAUUCUCUUCUAUAUUGGCAGCCAUAUGAAAUGACCCCAUAGAGUUAGGCUAUGUGUAAGGCUUUGUGUAGCCUUGUCCUGUGAAGGUUUGUGUCUUAAGUCUGCUUUCUUAUGUUGGCUUUGUUUGAGACAUGUAAAAAGAAUAGAUGUGAGGCUCUCUGCCCCGUAGUAACAUAGUAAUAUUUAUUAAGUAAUUUUGUACUUUCACUGAAUAGAUUUUGUUUUGUCCUUGGCGGCUGAAACACUCAAAGCCUCAACUUAUUGAAGGAACAUGUCCGCACAUUCAGAUGGCUUUAAAGACAAUGUGCCAUUGUAUGUGCUUCUGAAGUUUUUCUGUUUGAAUCCAUUGAGAUUUUUUGUUUAGAUUUGAUUUAUACCAUUGUUUGUUCAUUAGUGAUGACUAUAUAAUACUUGUUUGAAAACACUAAUUGUUGUCACAAAAGGAUACAUAUCAUCACAAAAGAUGCUGCCCCAACAGUAUUCUUUUGUGUGUAAAGUCAACUGUUUUUGACCACUUGUUUUAUUGAGCUAGACUGUUAAUAUUCUAAUGUGAAUUAAUUUAAGAUUGUAUCAUUAUUUGCCCCACACUUUGAGAGACAAAUACACAAGCUCACUGAAACUAUUACUAGUAGGUUACACACCCCUCAUACACUAAAACACUCACAUCAUAUGGUGCAAUGGACUAUUGCCUGUUAUUUCAAUAAAAUAAGCCACACCUUUAUUUUGUCAUGAGAAUCUUUAGUUUCUCUGUACUUCUGAAAGCAGCCUUAAUUUGCAUGUGUAGUUACAGUAAUUGUGCUCGAGACUCCCAAUGUAAUAUUAAGUAGCUAUUUCAUCCAUAUAUUCAAAACAAUAAAAGCCCCUAGACAAUUAA